GAUAUAAAUUUCUUUCAGUCGGGGAUUUUGCACAUUUGUGUAAAACAAAAUGAAAGUGAUAAGAUGAUAACAAAUCUGCUUACUGCAAAUAAGUCACCUAAAGUAAUGGAAAGAGUAAACUACUCACUGAACGACUUGCAUAUGUGCGAAGGUUAUUCUAUUGCGGAGCUGGUUCCAGAUCUUGUUUUGGAAAACAUAUUUUCAUACCUAUCUGUGAAAGAUCUUCGCAAUUGUUCCUUGGUUUGUAAGAGUUGGUACAGAAUUCUCAGUGAUGAAAAUAAUGAUGUUUGGAGAAUACAUUGUAUUAAAAGACUGGCUGAAGAAGUUAUGAAGUCAGACUUGCUUUCCACUUUAACAACAUAUAAGGCAAAACUUAAGGCUUUUUUUCACGCUUGGAAUCCUCACGACUGUUCCAGAAACAUUUAUGUUAAACCAAAUGGAUUUACUUUGCACAGGAAUCCAGUAGCACAGAGCACUGAUGCUUGCAGGGGUAAAGUGGGUUUUAAUUAUGGCCGACAUGCCUGGGAAGUGAUAUGGGAGGGUCCACUAGGGACUGUAGCUGUAGUGGGCAUUUCAACCAAAGAAGCGCCUUUACAAUGCCAAGGCUAUGUGGGGUUAUUAGGAGCUGAUGAACAAAGUUGGGGAUGGAAUUUAGUGGACAAUCACUUGCUGCACAAUGGAGAUACACAAGGACACUAUCCGCUGCUUAAUAAUUGUCCAAAAUAUCAAGUUGGUGAACGCAUACGAGUGAUAUUAGAUUGUGAGGACAACACAUUGUCAUUUGAAAGAAAUUAUGAGUUUCUAGGAGUUGCAUUUAAAGGUCUGCCCAACAAGAGACUAUAUCCAACGGUGUCAGCUGUGUAUGGAAAUACCGAAGUGUCAAUGGUUUACCUGGGUCCGCCAUUAGACGGUUGAUUGUGACCUUCAAUGACUAGAUAAUGUUAACACAUUCACUGCCACCAUUUCUUCCUGGACAUGGACAAUGCGGCGCACACUUUGCUGUAUAUCCCAUCCCAAACGCACAUGUGAGUUCAACCAACUGUUACCCAGUCAAAAGUAUUAAAGUCACUAAAUAUUA